CAAGAAGCAAAAAAGGAAGAACUUAAACUAAAGAAAGAGGAGCAAAGAAUAUUAAAAAUGGAACAAGAAUUAAUAAAGAAAAUGAUGAAAAAUCCUAAACAACAUCCCGGUUUUCAUUAUCCGAUGUCGAAGAAGACAGAAAAUAUUUUAGAGACAAUAGACAAGUAUAGAAAGGAUUGGAAUGAUUUUGAUACUUGGGAAACUGAAGGAUAUAAGGAGGGAUUUGUGCAACAGAUAGACCAUGAAAAUGCAUGUAUGAACACGAAAUUAAAAAUAUUGAAAGCAGUUGAUGAAGAUAUGAGACAAGAGCUGCAGAUUCUGAAACGCGCUUUGCAAUCUGAAUACAAGAGGAACAAUGAAAAGAUGCCGGAAAAUAUGAAAGUUAAACAAAAGAAAGCAAAGAAACAUAGAGUCGACUUUACAAUAUCUGAGAGCGUACAAGAAAAAAUGCAGGAACUGGCAUCUUCGGGCUACUUGAAAGAAAAGACAAGUAUGAAAUUCGAAGAUUUUGAAGGAGAUUUUAAUUUCGUAGGAGAAACACUUCGUUGUAUUUUACGACGUGCAGAACCUCUCUGUGGUGAGACUCGGUUUCUGUGGUGGGAGAAGAGCGGCGAGCUGGUGUUGGGUGCCCGGAGACUACUGUUGGUGGGGCCACGUGGUAGUGGGAAGACCACGUUGGUGAAUAUACUAUCAUCUGUCAACGAUGCAGUACUAUUCGAACUGGACCCAGUAAAUGUCUCGCCAGAGCUCAUAUCCCCGGCACAUCUCAGACAAGUUGUCAGCUCUGUGGUGACGUGUGCCAGAGCGACACAGCCCGCUGUUAUACAUCUUAAGUCUUUGCAUCUGCUGUAUUGUAAAAAGGUACCACCAGAACAGAACAAACAGAACUUGAAUAUGUUUGCACAAUAUUUCGUGCGUAUGUUGUUGAAGAAAAUACACAAAAAUGAUUUGAUUAUAGUUAUAGGCAGUUGUUGUGAUCCUUGGUUGACGAAAACAAACAAACUACUCAAGAACUUUCCAGAUGUUAUCAUGAUGCCGCCCACUACGUACAGUACUGUUUCCUUCAUCGUGAAGAAAUGGAUGACUGACAACCGCAUGGUCCCGCGGGAUCUAAACACGCAGAGCAUCGCACAACUUCUAAAGGCAUACUCAUUUGGACAUAUCAGAGAUGCACUCAACAGUUUCCUGACGCCUGACAAUGUUAUAAAGAUUGCUGCAUAUGGCUUGUCCCCGCAAGAAGUACUCGACCAUGUCACAGAAAACGAAGAUAACAAAGUUGACUACAAAAAGUACCAGGAGUGGUACGAUGAGAACACGCCAUGGGGCAAACGAGAGGUGAACAGACUGCAUGAUGACAGGGAAAUCUUGUUGCUGCAGCAGAAGUUUGUAGAGAAAAUGAAGAAACGAGGAGUCUUGGAGAAGCAUCAAGUGGUCACCACAAUACAAGAGGAAUAAAGUUGUAUGAGGAUUCCACAUUCAACUGUUUUAUAAGACUUUGAACAUUAUUAUGCUAAUAUUUUAUAUGUUAAAAAACAUAUAAAAUAAUAGCAUAUAUAAAUGUCUAAAAGGCACAUUAAAUAAACGUUAUGUUCUCAGUAUAAUAGGUUGUGUUGUAAUGAAACAAACGUGCGUUUAAUGUCAUCAGUAGAUAAGGACACGUGGUACAGAAUAAAAACGAUAUGAAGUGUCGAUUUAAUGUGUAAGGGUUGGCCAGUGGUAGGGGGAUGAUUUUUACAAAGGGUGGACUGCGGCCGUGCGCUCAAAUCGCUGACGUGGCACUUUGUAUUUCUUUAUUGCACAAAAAUGCUAACUUUUAAUAUUAGUUUGGGUGACCAUGUCGCUGAAAAUACAGGAAUAUUACGUGGAUUUCCUUCCUUCGUUUUGGAUUUUGAAUAGAUGGAUCUAGUCUACAAUUUCUCAUAUUAGAAAAUAAAAAUAUUAAAGAGAGAGAGAGAGAUGAAAUACUUCGGUAAAUCGACAAAACUUUGACAAAAGUAAUUAUGCAAACAAUUAAAAAUCAGACUUAACACGUUCAGUGUCACUAAAUGACUGGGCGAGAUUACUUUUAUACGAAAAAAGAUAGUGGCGAAUGUGUUACAUUACUGAGACUUUCUUACCUUGGAAAUUAAAUACUUUGGGCUGUUAGCACACAGAAUCAACUUCUUUUU